AUGGCAGCAUCAAUGGCGGUGAUGAUGAAACCAAUGGCAGGAGCAUUCUUCGUCCUCCUCGACAAAACCGACGUCUGUCUCUACAUCAGCACAGCCAUUAUUGGUGUCUGUACCGGAGCAAUUACCUCCAUCUCCGUCUCCACAACCACAGAGCUGUUUGGGACAGAGAACUUUGGUGUAAAUCACAACGUUUUGGUCACAAAUAUCCCAAUAGGUUCAUUUCUAUUUAGUGACUUAGCAGCUCUCUUUUACAAGAAAGAAGAUGAUGAUCAUCAUGGUAAUGGAAGAUGCAUGGGGAUGAAAUGUUACCAAAAGAUAUUUGUUAUAUGGGGUUCACUUUGUCUUCUUGGGAUUUUGCCAGCUUUAAUCCUCCAUGCACGAACCAGAAAGCUCUACUCGCAAAGAUCAUAG